AUGUCCUUCUCGGCUGUCAGAGCCGAAGCGGAAUCCGCUGAUGAUAUGUCUGACGGUCCUGUUGAUAGUGCCGAAAUAGUGCUGAGCGAAGAUGAUUCCCCUACCAAGAAUAUCAAAGAAAUAGUCCGGCGUUGCAAGCAAGAGCCAUCCUUGGUGGUGGCGCCCGUGGUCUACAAAUUUGACUCUACUACCAUUCGGACACGCCCCUUGGUCUACUUGAUUCGUAAGGGUGCCAGUCUGAAUAUCAUUCGAGCCUUUCUGGAGAGACAUUGGGAGUUCGUCCAAGAGGCGCAUCCCCAGUUUUCACGAGAACUCGAUCCUCUCCGCAUUGUCUGCGAGAGUGCGCCCAAAGCCACUCCUGGUCUAGUGGCCUAUUUGGUACGGAAAUUCCCUCCCGCUACUUGCGAAGGAUAUCAUUUGCUCGAAUCCUUACUCGAUCGGAAUCGUUCCAAGACGUUGGAGGAUGUCACGGCAUUGUAUAACGUGACAUUCACCGAUGCCGGCCAAACCUUGAACCGACGACAGGCAGAGCGUCUGAUUCAAUACACCUGUCUCGGUCACACGGGACGUCAAGAUCCACUCGUCCAAUUCAUGACGGACAAAAUCUGCCAAGCGCCGAUUGAAACUAUGAAAUUACACGUCCGCUGGAUGUCAUUGCCCAAAACCAAAUCUUUGUGCUCACUCAUCUCCAAGGAAACUCUGACAGAGCUGGAUCUGAAUUUUACAACGGGUCCCCCGGACGAUUUCACGACAAUCGUGCCCAAGGAAUGGUCACUCUUGAUGGGGGCCUUGAAGACGGCCAAGGGUCUACGAGAUCUCAAGUUGUGCGUGCGAGCGGACAAUAGCACUGCCAAUUUGACGACACUACGGGAUACACUCGUGUCCAUGAUGUCCAAAGUGCCCAUGACAAAGCUGGAUCGGCUGGAAAUUACGGCCCAGAAAAAUCGCCGCGACGUGGGAAUGGAUGUGGCCAAAACAUUUGAUUUGACACCGGUCGUCACCAAUCUUUUGCAGCACACCCAAGUGAAACAGCUUCGUCUCGAUCCAUUUCCAAUUGAACCAAAACCCUUCUUGGAAGCACUUCGGCAUAAUACAUAUCUAGAACAAUGUGCCCUUAUGUUGCACCCCUCUAAUCCAUCUGAUGGUGAUGAUGACGAUGUCAAUGAUGAAGAACGUGUCAGCAAUGUGAUGGAGACUUUGAUCGAUCUCCUCCACAAUGAAAAUACGACGCUGACACGCAUGGAUUGGCUGAACCAGCCAUUCGUAGCAAAAUCACCUUGGAAGCCCACCGUGGACUAUCUCCUCGCUCUCAAUGCGUGCGGUCGCCAUAUUGCGCGAAAUCCGAAAUCCUCCGUCAAAGACGUAUUGGAUCUUCUGGACGGACCGUCCCUGUACUACCGCACCAACUUGGGGCGCAAAAACACCCAACGGGAGUUUGAUUUCGUCUACGGGCUCCUGCGAGAAAAUCCCAACAAUUGGAUUCCAAAUAAUGUGCAUUGCGGUGUCGUCUCUCAAGGAGUCAACAAGAAACGAAAGCAACGCAAGGCUCCUCCUCGGGCGCCACCGCGCACAAAACUGCGGCGUAGUGGACGGGUUAGGGUGCACUCGCCAAAGAGGAACCAACACAGCAGCUACCGGUGGUAG